UGACGAGUACAGGUUCAAACAAGAAAAAUAUCAAUCUACCUAUUAAAACCGUAUCCGAAUGGCUAAAGUUAUCUGAAAAAGAAAGACCUGAUCUUGUAUUUGUUUAUCUGGAAUCACAAACAAUUACACGGAAUUUAGUAGAAGUUGAUGAUAUGAUAGGUCAGUUUAUACAGAUGUUGAAGGAUGAAGGUGUAUUUAACACUGCCAAUAUUAUUUUUGUUAGUGAUCAUGGUUUGACACAAAAAUCCUGUGAAAAUAUGGUUGUUCUAAAUGGGUUUCUGUCAUCUGAUGAAUUAAGAAAGGUUUAUGUUUACGAUGGUACAUUUGGUAGAAUAAGUAAUAAAUAUAGAUAUUCUUCCUAUACAAAAAACAGCCCAUUAAACCCCACACAGAUUUCACUUGAGGAGGUAAUGAGUCGAGUUGAGUGUAGAAGCAAACACGUGAGAAUUAGCAGAAAGACAAAUUUACCUAAACGUCUUCACUAUAGUAAUAAUCCGAGAAUAGAUGAUAUUAUUGUAGAUGUUGAUGAGGGCUGGUGGUUCUCAAGAACUGGUUCUCAGAGGUCAUGUUCUGGUAACGAUUCUGGUUAUGAUAAUAUGCUUGAUAGUAUGUCUGCAUUUUUCGUUGCCCAUGGGCCAACUUUUAAAGAAGGGGUUGAAGUUGAGGGGUUUGACAAUAUUGAACUUGUUAAUCUGAUCUCAGAUAUUAUGAAUAUUACUGCUGCACCAAAUAAUGGAACACGCGGAAGAUUGUUUGAUCUGAUGAAAACUCCUCCAAUACAAGAAUCAGAUACACAUACAACCACCAAUCGGAUUUGUAUUAUUGAACCUAUCUGCAGUACUGAUCACAUUAAUGACAGGCGACCUGCUUUACCGGCGUUUGAUUCUGUCGCAUGUGCUGUAUGGUACAGCGAUAGUCAAGUCCAUGCAUACAGUCAAACAUCUAAGCGAUUUUUAUGGACAUCAUAUGUACCAACUUUGAAUGUUACAUCAAUUUACCAAGACCCAGAUAAUACAUCAUGUAAUACUAAUAGUCGAGGAUAUCUAUCGCCACCAACUAUAAGCAAUAAUGAAGUGUUUGAUUAUCUCAGUCAGAUUAUUGGUGAAUAUCAAGUAAAAUAUGGACAGAUCACAGUGACAGCAGGACCUUUAUAUGAUUAUAAUUCUAAUGGUCUGUUGGAUGAUAACGAAAAUUACGAUAUGUAUGAAAAUACAGACAAUCUGGUUCCUACUCAUCAUUUUGUUAUAUUAAGUAAAUGUAAAAACAACCAGAUUAAUAACUGCACAGAAGAUCCAGAUGUUCUUUCCUUUAUAUUACCUCAUGAAAAUAAUGACAGCAACUGUUUGAAUUAAACAAACGAGCGUGGUUACAGACAUAUCUACCGGUAGUUUUAUGGCCAUCACUUUCAACAGAAAUAAAGAGAAAACCUGGAACAUGGAUGGAUGAACCAUGUCCUUCUCAUAAUACGUGUCAAUCAGAUUAUAAACCCCUGAUAGUAAUUUCGGUGGAUGGCUUUAGAGGCGAUUAUUUGUUGCGGAAUAUGACACCGGUAUUUGAAAGAUUAGCUGACUGUGGUGUUAAAGUACCAUACAUGAGAUCAGCUUAUCCCACUAAAACAUUCCCCAAUCAUUAUACUAUAGUCACUGGUUUAUAUCCAGAAUCUCAUGGUAUAGUAGAUAAUUCUAUGUAUGAUUAUAAUAUAAAAGAAAAGUUUAGUAUUGGUAGUUCUAGUGGUAAAGAUAGUAGAUGGUGGGGCGGAGAACCUAUUUGGUUGACAGCUAAAAGGCAAGGUAAAAAAUCGGCAACUUUCUUCUGGGUCGGGUCAGAUGUUAAAAUUCAAGGAGAAUAUCCAAACAUAUACAGAAACUUCAGUUCGGGUACAUCGUUUAUAGAUAGAGUAGAAACUGCUGUAAGAUGGUUAAAAGAUCCCACUAACAGACCAGACAUAUUGACAUUAUAUUUUAAUGAGCCGGAUCAUGCUGGUCAUCAAUAUGGACCAGAUUCAGAAAAGAUAGAUGAAGUAUUGAGAAAGAUGGAUAAUGUUAUUGAAGUGUUGAUGGAUGAACUUUAUCAGAAUGAUUUACAUCAUUGUGUUAAUAUCAUGCUGUUGGCUGAUCACGGUAUGGCACCUAUAAGCUGUGAUAAAGUAAACGACUUAAGCACAGUUUUUAACUCUACAGAAUUAAAAGAGUUUUAUGUUUAUCAAGGAGGAUUUGGUCGCAUAGCAGCAAAUUAUAUUAGAGGACCGAAGAGUACUAUACAGGAACUUAGUAAUCCAACUUUUACUGUUGAUGAACUGAAAUCUCGAAUGAAGUGUCAUUUUAAUAUGUCUGUUUACGAGAGGAGUGAGCUACCUAAAAGGUUUCAUUACGCCAGAAAUGAUAGAAUAGAUUCUCUUAUAUUAGAUAAUCAUCUGGAAUACACAUUAACUAGGAAAUUUAACAGAGGAUUUUGUUCUGGGGGAACACAUGGUUAUGAUAAUGCUUACAGAAGUAUGGGGGCAGUGUUUAUCGCACAUGGACCAUAUUUUAAAGUGGGGCAUGAGUCGGAAACGUUUGAAAAUAUAGAAUUGUAUAAUCUUAUGUGUGAUAUUAUUGGUGUUAAGCCAGCACCAAAUAAUGGAACGGCUGGAAGUUUAAAUGACCUCCUGACUACUCCUAAAAACCUCACCAAAUCUCAACCAGCGUCAGUAUAUAAAGAAGCCAGAAGACUUGUGGGGUCCUCUCGUAGUGUAAAUAGCAUGUGUGGACAGUGUGAUAAAAACACUUUCAAUAUGACGGAUAUUUGGAUUAAAUUAGAUGACAACUUGAAUCAGAAAGAUAGUUUAGAUCAAAUCCAUUUACCAUUUGGAGCAGCCAUAGCAACGCAGUCCAAUGUUAAUGUAACUAUUCUCUACCAAGAUUCUCAUAUUACAGCUUACAAUACUGAUAUACAGUCCAUACACUGGAUAUCAGCGACUAUUAAUUCAUCACAGUUUUCGUCAGUUAAUGUAUCUAUUGAAAAUUGUAUAUAUGCUGAUGAUCGGGUUGAUUAUCUAUAUGACAUAUGUUAUAACAUAUCUUCUACUAAACAAUCAAAACUCUUAGAUGUUGUGAAUUCUGAAGAAUUUGUUCCUGCCCUUUCAACUGAUAGCCUGCCAUUAAUAGAUAGCUUUAGAUUGGGUAUUUGGAAGAAUCUACAGCAGUUGGUAUUGAAUUGGACACAGAUUUUUGGAGGUAUCAAUAUUGUUAGUGGACCGAUAUAUGAUUUUAAUUUAGAUGGAAUUGGUGAUUCGCCAGGCGAACUUUACAGUCGAUUUAAUGGAAGUGUACCGGUGGCAUCUCAUAUAUUUCUACUAGUAACAAGAUGUAAUAUAUCAUCAAGUAACCUAGCAACGUGUCAACAAUUACAUACCAUAGCAUUUAUGUUACCACAGACAUCUACUUAUAGUAAUAACUGUCAGAAAUGGAGAGAUUAUCUAAUAGAACACGAAGGAAGGACAAGAGAUAUAGAAUGGUUAACACAUCUACAGUUCUUCCCAGAUAUACAAGAUAGUUAUAAACUCAGAAUGUAUUUACCGCAUGGUUUAUGGACUAACUAAUCCGCUUUUUAUCAAUAAUUUCGUUUUAACUUGUUCAAUAAAUAAUCAAGAAACUAAAUUAUUCCCUCAGUACAGAAGCUUUUGAGUCAUACUUAGGUUUCUAAUGAGCAAUUUAACAGCUUAUCAAAUAUUAUUAUAUAAUUAUUUUAAUCCUAAGUUUGUAUAUAUGUUCUAAAUUCUACUGUAAUUUUGGUCUUGUAAUUUAUCUCGUUAUUGUGACCUUUAACCAGUUUUGGACACUCGUUAUUACAAGUAGAAGCUUAACUAUUUUGAGUUAUCGUCGUCAGUGUUGGAAUAAGCUACAGACCCCAGAAAACAGAAAUGGUAUUACUACAGAAGCAGUUUCGGCAGAAACCAAAUGAACACUUUUAUAAUCAUCACCCCUCCCCCAGCAAAACCACCAUACACAAUCCCUGAAUCAUGUGAUGACUUUAAAUACCCAUAUUUAUUUCUAGUUGAUUUCAUUGAUUAAGCUAUAGUUACUAAGGCAAUAUCAGCAGGUUUAAUGGAUGUAGGUGAUGCUAUGAUUAAGCUAUAGUUACUAAGGCAAUAUCAGCACGUUUAAUGAAUGUACGUGAUGCUAUAUGCUGUAUAAUGUUAAUUCAAUUAGCGUAAUUUUUGUUCUUUUUAAAAAAUAUACUGUUUUUAUAUUAUCUUAUGUAUUCAUUUUUACAUGUAUUGUAUAUUUUUAUACAUUUUGAAAUUAAUGAUAAAAUUGGUUAUGGUUA